UCGGCGUCAACACGUCACAACAGUGAUUACCCGAACUACUCUGCCUCAGAAAGGAGGAUGGACCACGAAUCCGUCUUCGUCGCACCAGAGGGCGUCUAUACUUUAUCAGAAGAGCACAAGCCACCUCCGGUGCUUGCAAAUUUGCCAAGCACUCAACAAGUGUACCCCACUCGGUUGAGCUCUAUACUUGUCAGGUUUCCUGCACACAAGGCCGGGGGACCUGGGCUGACACUGGGACUCCUUGGAGGGAACAAGUCUAAAGAGGUUGAAAAAAGGGAAAGGGGUGCACCUAUCAAUGGAGCUGAGGACAGCAUGUCAAGCUCCGAACAAGGCGACGAAAACUCUGCAGAUGCAAAUGAUCCCGAUCGUGACCGAGACAGCGCGCCAAUGCAUUCCCAGACCCCUGCGUUGUUCUCCCCUGGACCCGAGUCUAAUAUAAAUAAGAAGAAGUCUACGCGGAGACCAAAGAAUAAUAUUGGAACCACUUCAUCGAGUUUCGUCACUAGACUUCAGACAUCUGGCAGCCUCAGCAAACAAUUAUCCAAUAAAGUAGGGGAUGUAACAUUCCUGUUUUGCAAUUCUGCAAAGACUUUCUUUUGGACUGAAAUGGGAUCCAAGGCCAAGGAUCCACUGGCCCGAAUAACAUUUUCUGCUCACCCAACUUGUCAUGCUAUCAAUCAAUCCACAGCUAGUCACCUCUCUGUCGAUAUAGUCAUUGGCUUCAAUACUGGAGAUUUAAUAUGGUUCGAUCCUAUGUCAUCCCGUUAUGUCCGACUUAAUAAGGGCGGAUGCAUAACAUCAUCCCCCUGUACCGCCGUCCACUGGGUACCUCACUCCCGCUCCCUUUUCAUGGUUUCUCAUGCAGACGGGUCAAUAAUUGUAUACGACAAGGAACGCGAGGAUUCAAAUUUCACCCCAAAGGAUCCAAAUACUGUUCUAUCCCAUGCAGACUUCAUGUAUGAGCAUGGUAGCGAAUCCUCAAAACAAGGACCCGGGGAUUCUGGCCCACCAAGGAGCCUCCCUGACUCAUCUCUUUUGCUCGAUAUAGUUGUCACUCCUGGACCAUCGGGGAACUUUUCUAGUGGAAACGUACUUGGUGUACCAACCAAAGAUAAGGUUCUCAAGAAUCCUAUCAGCCACUGGAAGGUGUCCCGUAAAGCCAUCCAAUGUUUUUCGUUCUCGCCAGAUAUGAGACAUGUCGCUGUGGGAAGUGAAGACGGGUGUCUCCGAGUUAUAGAUGCUUUAUCGGAGCGAUUGCUUGACACUUAUACAUCAUACUUCGGUUCUAUAUCCUGCGUGGCGUGGAGUCCGGAGGGGCGGUAUAUAUUGACCGGAGGACAAGAUGACUUGUUGACUAUUUACGCCCCUUUCGAGCAAAGGGUGGUUGCUAGAUGCCAAGGACAUUCAUCAUUUGUUGCGGGGAUCUCCUUUGACCCUCUACGAUGCAAUAGCCGGACAUACCGAUUUGCAAGUGUUGGGGAGGAUAACAAGUUGAUUUUUUGGGAUUUCUCUGGCGGUGCGCUCCACAGACCAAAGGUGCAGAAUGGUCACCAAGCUCGGUUGUCACUAUCGUCUACGAUAUCCUUAGGGCUUCGCCGUCGGGAUACCACCGAAGCGUCCUCUCCCCAAAGAGAGCCGUUAGAUGGCCAUCCUUACUUUCACCCUGCACCGUCGCGAAAUGAAGUGGCAGUUCUUCAGCCAGUCUUGACGAAGUUAAUAGAUGGAGAUUUACUGUCGGGACUCUUAUUCCUUCCCACUGGACUUUUCACCAUUGGACGAACGGGAUCGAUGAAGCUUUGGUCACGACCGUUGCCGCUUAAGACCCAGCGACAACUUCGGCUGAAAGAGAGGGAAAAGGAGCGGGAAAACAAUCACGAGCCGAUAACAGUGUCAUAAAGACGUUUCUUUAAGCUAGACAAGCAUAAACGUGAUCUAACACCAAAUCUGAACCCACAUCGGUGUCUGCGUGUCACACCGCUGUAGCCACUAGAACAUGAAGAUGUACAGUCAAUGAGGAUCGCGAAGCUGGCUAUUACG